AGUUUGGUAUUUUGCUGAUGCUAAGAGGUGGUCUUACGUGUGCGACUUUCAUAUGAGUAUGUGCGACGAGGAAGCAUUUUUCCAAAAAUUAAAAAGCUAUUAAAUAGUGCAAAAUAAUUGAUAAAUUUAAGUGCAACGUAUAAAUAAAUAAAUACUAAUUACGCAUGCAUAUAAAUAUCAGAGAAUAAGGCAAAUUUAAGCAGCGAAUAAGAGUGACGCAAAAACCACAUACACACAUACAGGCAGCCUCAUUUUUUUUUUAGAAAGUACGUGAAGAAAAACAAGUUUGAUUGUGUGCGUACGUAUGUCGAGUGGAGAGUAGUGGAGACUUUUUGUUUCUGUUUAGCGACACAAUUUAUUGUGGAUGGCUUACAACACAAACAAAAACAACAUAACAACAAAAGCAGAUAAUGUUGAUUGCAACACAACAUCAACUAGAAGAAAUGCAUACAACAGAAACCAUCAAGUACAACAAUUACAUUGGAAAUUGAAAUUUGUGCGACAAAAGCAGCAGCAGCAGCAGCAGCAACAGCAGCUACUAACAACGAUUUUCGACGACUGGCAGCCAUAUUCACAGCUACAACAACAGCAAAAUCAGAAAAAACGCGAUCCACGGUAUUGCAAAGAUACGUGACAAAAAUCGAGAAAAGGAAGACGAAGACUGAGCAUGAAAUUAGCGUGAAACAAAAAAAAAAUAACCAAGAAAACAAAUUUUAAAAAAAGCAAAUACUACUGUAAAAAAACCAACAAACAAACAAACAAAAAUUUAUAAACUAACUAUACUGCAUACAACUAAACGCAAUUAAUAACACAAAAAUAUACGAAAUAUUAUGGAAAUUGCCCCAAUAUUUAAUACCGCCGUCGUCGCAACAGCCGCCGCUGCCACCGCAACCACGUCGACGUCACAGCACAAGCAGCGACAGAGGCGCUCCGCUGCCGCCGCAGUCUUGACAGCAGCAGCAGCAACAACAACAACAACAGGCGAAUCAUUUAAUGCCAAAUGCAGCGCCAAUCAAAAUGAUAACGUCAACAACUUGGCGUUGAUCGCAUCGCUGACGCUGCAAAAGGUGCUUAAUAUUAACAAUAUUAACAACAACAACAACAAUAGCAGCAAUGUUCCUGGCAGCGAUAGUGUGUUGUGUUAUCAGCAAAUGUCAGCAGUCACAAAAGCAACGGCAGCAAUUAAACAACAGCAACAACAACAACAACAACGACGACACUCUGAUAACGAAGCCGAGAAUGAUGUAUUAAAUCAAUUGCUAAAAACGGGCGCGGUGUUUACAACAACAACAGCAGCAGCAGCAGCAGCAACAACUGUUGCUGUCGCCGCCGCCGCCGCUGCCUCGUCCGCGUCCUCCUCCUCGUCGACUAUCAGUGCGCCCAUUGCGAUUGAGAGGACGACACAGCAAAAGCAACAGCAGAAUGGGAAUAGUGCACAAAAGCAACGCCUCAAUUCAUCCAUAUCAUCGACUAACUCAAGCACAUCAACCAACUCCUCAACGGCCAAUAGCUAUGGCAGCUCAUGUUCCUCCACAGAGGAUCCCACGGCAACGGCAACGGGCAAAGCGGCGGCAAUAACAACAACAUUAAAGUCGUCCAGCAUUAGAUUGCCAGAGAAAUCGAAAAUUCCGUCCGAUAUACUCGACGAUCUGGCCAGUCGGUUCAUCAUAAAUGUGCCAGAUAUGGAGCUAAAUAAUUUAAUACGAAUUUGCUUUCAAAUUGAGCUGGCACAUUGGUUCUAUUUGGACUUUUUCUGUGCGCCCGAGGAUUCGGAGCAACAGCAGCAGCAACUGAAACGAAAGCUGCCCGUGGUGGGCAUCAAACAGUUCGCCAUGCAAAUCUUUCAGCACAUUCCCUUUCUGAACAAGCAUUUUGGCACUGUGGAUCAGAUAUUGGAGGAAUGGAAGAACUAUAAAUUAUCUGUGCCAACAUAUGGCGCUAUACUUGUAUCGGAGGAUCUCAAUCACUGUCUGCUGGUGCAAUCAUAUUUUGCUCGAAACUCUUGGGGCUUUCCCAAGGGAAAAAUUAAUGAGAACGAGGAUCCCGCACACUGUGCCACCAGGGAGGUCUAUGAGGAGACGGGCUUUGACAUAACGGACAUCAUAGAUGCAGAUGAUUAUAUUGAGGCUUAUAUUAAUUAUCAAUAUACACGAUUGUAUAUAGUGCGCAAUAUACCGUUGGAUACGCUGUUUGCACCGCGCACGCGUAAUGAGAUUAAGUGUUGUGACUGGUUCCGCAUUGAUGCAUUGCCGGUCAAUAAAAACGAUGCCAUAUCGAAAGCCAAACUGGGCAAAAACUCAAAUUCCUUCUUUAUGAUCAUACCGUUUGUGAAGCGUCUUAAGAAGUGGGUGAACGAUCGACGCGCCGGCAUAGAACCAUCAACGCGUCGGCGCAAAUGCUCUGGACAGCAGAGUCCCAAGGCCAUCCAAAAUGGUGGAACAUCCGCAUCGCCAACAAUGUUAACGAACAACAGUAGCUGCAAGAAGGAUCAGCAACGUGG